CCAUUCAGAUCGGCUAGUGGUUGAUUAUGUGUUAGCGCUUUUUUGUUCUUUGUAUACAUCAACUUUAAAGUUACAGAUUAUUUGACUAUUGAAAUAUGGAAGUAUCUGGAAAGAAACUUCGUAAAUAUUGUAAAGCUUGUGAGCAAUGUAAGGCAUCAACAUACUCGGAUGGUUUUUGUUCACAAUGUGAAGAAGAAAUGUGUCAACGAUGUUUUGAUACACAUAAAAAAUGGAAGCUAAAUCGGGGGCAUAAACUGGUUCCAUCUGUCGGGGCAACAUCUAAUAUAGGUGAAACACCAACGUUUGAUAAUUGUUGUAAACAUCUAAACGAGCCUAUUAAAUUUUUCUGCCCGGAACAUGGCCAAGCUGGUUGUGGCGAUUGUAUGGUAAUUUCCCAUAAAAGUUGUAAAGUAGAGUAUAUACUUGAACAUAUCGAUAAAUAUAAAGACGGUAAACAGUUCAAAAUGUUGAAGAAGGACAUAGAAACAUAUGACGAUGAAGCAAAAUCUCUAUUAGGAAGCAUCAGGCGCAACAAGGACCAUGUGAAAGAUGUCAACAAAAAGUUUGCCCUUGACGUCCAAUUGUUCAGGGAUGAAAUUAUUUCACAUAUCACAAAACUUGCCGAUGCCAUGCUUAAAUAUGGAGAUGAUAUAAUGGCAGCAGACAUGAAAAAGAUCGAAAAUCUAGAAAGAGAAAAUAAAAGCCUAGUUGAUGAAACAAAUGGUAUGAGAGACACAUUACAAUCAGAAGCUGAUCAGGCUUACAAAUUGUUCAUCAGUUCCUUGUCCUACAGACAAAAUCUCCAUCUCGUCCGAGACCAGCUAGAAAGAAUCAAAGCGAACAAUACGAUCGAAACGUACGACUUCAUGCCUGACUGCAAUCUCGAACAGUUGAUGAAAACUUGUAAACAACUAGGAGUGUUACAUAAGCCAAACGAAUCUGGUGCAGCAACACCAGUGGCAAAGCCGUCGCUAGACAGACAACUUGUUUGCAAAAACCUAAUCAUUGACGGAUACUUUAUCAGUUAUGCUGAAAAAUCAAAAGGCGACAUUGGUUUAUUUAUUGACAAAUUUGCAUGGUGUCAUUGUGGCAGUUUUGAAAUCGAGAUAAUGAGCAUUGGUAGAGGCGGAGCUAUAGGUAACAGUUUAGAUACUAUAAUGUUCGAUUCAAAUGAUACUUGA